GAGCUCGCCGCGACAACUGUGCCAAUAUUCGCAGCUUCCGCGGGGAAACGUGCUUUCGUGUUGUUGAAUUGUGUUUUGUUUUGCGAUGCUGGACAAGACUGUGUUGGGAGGUAGCUGGGAGAGCGUGGUGUCACGCGAUGAUUACGAAGUGGACUACAGCCCAAGUCCAAGGGGGUCGCCUCUGAAAGAUACUUCGAACAUACAAGAGGAGCAACCGUACUGCAUCAGUCGGCACAAUCCGAACAAGACUUUCCGUCGUGAAUCCGUGAUCGCUUCCUGGAAGAGUCUGAAAAAGGAAAGAGAACAGGCACUCGGGAAGCGCAUCAUCUAUGUGGAUGCGGACAAUUACGUCGAUUAUUACGGACGCAAUAAGGUUAAGAGAUGCAAGAGCGAGAGAACACCAAACAUCGCUAGACAACCAAAGAAAGUUAAGCGCACUUAUUCAGUUCUGUAUAGAUACGACCCUGAUGAAGAGAGAGUUGUUAAGGAGUACAAAUACCAGAUGCCGAAGGAAACUGAAGCUGGCAACGCGUCGAACCUUCAGAGGUCGUACUCCGAACCAUUCUUAAGGCCCGAACCAUCCCCGAAGAAGGCGAAGCGUUCAAUUACAACACUGUUGAACAUAAAAACCAAACUACUCAACAUCUUCUCAUCAAAGAGUUAAGUUUACUACUACACAUGAGGUCUUUAUAGUUGCUCAAUAAUGCAUUUUAAUAUAAAUUAAGUAAACCUAAGUAAUUACGGAGUUAAUGCUAAAAUGUAUGCAUUUACCUAUGGAUAGUUUGAUGUUAAGAUACGGUUUCUUAGCUCAUGUGCACUAACGUAAUACAAUAUCUUGAAUGAGGUUAUACAGUGAAACCAUAAAGUCGUUCUGUAACAUAAUAUUUGCUCGGAAAUUUAUACAUUUCAUAAUUUAUUUAAUAAGCGUUCAUUACGUUUACUGGAAACAAUUCACGUUGAUGAAAUCGUACAUUUAUAAUCUAUUUUGUAAAAAUUUUACGUGCACUAUAACAUUCAUAUAACAGAUCCUUUGUUUAUAUGGAAUAGGAAAAGAUAUCAAAUUCAGGUAUAAAGCCUUGAUUAGAUUAGAUGGGUUUAUUUUAAUUUAAUUGUACAUAAUUUUGUUUAUCUUACUAGGUUAAGAUUUUGUGAUAUGAUUACUGUGUGUUGUGAUAUUUUUAGACAGUAAAGAAAGCUUCUAAUUUAUAAAGUAUUUAUAAAUUUUGAUAGCGUAUUAUACUUCAAUAAAAUUAAAAUCUCUUGUAAUUAAGUAAAUUAAAUAAAGUAAUUUACUGGAUAAUUCUAAGGCUGAGAGAAUCAAUAGAGGGUACUUAGAUUUUGCUCAGACUUUACUUACGUACAACUUAGCUGAGUGUGAAAAAACGCGAAUUUGACUUUUAUAUUGGACUGUCUUAGCUUCAGCUCAGCAUAAUAUCAAAUGACAAUCACUAUUAUAUUAUAAAACAAAGUCCUCCGUCGUGUCUGUCUGUCUGUCUGUCUGUUCGCCAUAAAUUCAAAAACUACUGCAUCGAUUUGUAUGCUUUUUCACCACCAACGGAUAGCGUGGUUCUAAAAGAAGGAUUUAGUAUAUUAUUUGUUAAGUUUUUGUACAUAUAUCUGUAUACAUUAACGAUAUUUCUUCAUCUGGGAGCUUUAAUCAGAAACGCUAUCUUAAACCCUUCGACAUAUGAUAAAAUAAUGUAUGGUGGAAUUAUGUAUCUUAUAUAGAUCUACAGAAAAGUCACCGUCCGAUGGCUUAUGUCUAUCUCUUAAGAAUAACAUACUAUAUCCAUUUUAAUACUUAAAAAUAAAAAGCGGUAAUGUAAUGUCAUCAACUUUGAUUACACAUUUCCGAUGGUUUAAGACUGCAUUUUUUGCGAAUACUUACAUUUUCUUUCUGUAGGGUCAGUUAUUUGACUAUAAAAAUAUAAUUAAGAUUAUGCUAAGCUUAAACUCAGCAAAUUUUUACGUAAGUAAACGUAGAGCAAACACUCUAUAGAGCUCUGCCUUAGACUAUCUAUUAAACGAUAAAUAGCUAACGAAUACAUUCAACUUUAUUGGUCAUUUUCCAGAACAGCAGUAAUUUCUUUAAAUGCAUAAUAAUUUUGAAAUAUCAAGAAAAAAUUUGUAAUUCUUUAUAUUUUGUUAGGUCAUAAAAUAUAAACGCAAUUACUAAUUAUAUUGUCGUUUAUUAAACAAGUUUACUGUUUCCGAUGAUUAUAUUAUGGAUAUCACUUAUAGGCUUAACAACAAAAAUAUUCAUUCCUAUUUUAAAUUAGUUAUAAAAAAUUAUAUUUAAGCACUAAAAUACUCAAUUAUAAAGUGUUGGUCACUAUGUAUAAUGUAACACAGUGUUAUAAAGAUAAUAUAGUAUUAAGAUUAAUAAUUAUAUAUAAACAUUAAGAUAAAUAUAUUAUUAUUAUUA